GAAAGUAACGUAUAUCCUUGCAGAUAUUAAUAUUUAUUUGCAAGAAAUGCAUUUGAUAUGUGUUCAAAUAGGACAAACUCAGAGAAUCGGAUACAUAUGUGUGACGUAAUAAAUAGUAUCAAGGGACUUUAUCGCAUCAUAAUUGGAUUUAAUAUCGAAGAUGAACGUGUCUUCUGCCGCGAUUGAUGACGUCAUAAACGUCACUCAAGAAUUCGUCGUCAACAUCUCUCAUAAGCAAAAUCAGACAGAGCUAGUGAUCUACAUCGCCUUUGAAGUUUGUAUCGCGUUGUUCGCUUUCGUCAACAAUGUUCUUGUCAUCAUAGCUUUAUGGAAAUUUCAAACUCUCAGGACGCCCACUAAUUGGUUCGUUGCCAGUCUCGCUGUAGCGGAUAUCGCUGUAGCGAUUUUUGCAAUUCCGAGUGCAAUAUUACUCAGAUUGGGUUUAUCUCUCAAGAAUGAUUGCGGAGCCGUUACUCAACCAUCAGUUAGUGAAGGAACGUGUUUAUUUAUUGUUUCAUCCGUUAUAUUUCUCACACAAGUCUCAGUGUUCAGUCUCCUCAUUAUCGCCAUUGAUAGAUUUAUUGCCAUCAGUUACCCACUCAGGUACGGAGUUUUUAUGACGUCAUUCAAGACUCGUGUGGGCAUCAUUGCAGCCUGGGCGUUUGGAGCUUUGAUAGGUGUCGCCCCGGAGCUGGGUUGGAACAAAUGGGCGGGAACAGAAGAUUCAAAUUGUGAAAGGCAGCGUUGCGCCUUCGAAGACGUUAUUAGCAUGGAGUACAUGGUCUACUUCAAUUUCUUCGGAUGUAUCUUGCUACCUCUACUAAUCAUGGGUGCUAUUUAUACUUAUAUAUUCCGGUCUGCAAAGAAUCAACUCAGGAAAAUAUAUUUUGACGUCAAAUCAUACAAGAAAAAAGUGAGAGACUCUCGUGCGCCUGGAGUGGCGGAUAACACAAGAAGUACAACUUCUAGCAUGAACUUUGACAUUAUAAAUGGUUCCCAUAGCAACAACAAGAAAAAGAAGAAAUCAAUUUUCAGAUUCUCUCGAACGCAACCUGGUGGUGAUAAAAUCGGGAAGUUUUCUUCGGAAAUAACGUCCGAAACUUUUGUCGACGAAUCCUCGUUCAUUGAACCAGAAACUUUUGGCGCAAAAUACUCAGAUUUGGCGGGAAAUCGCGAUUCAAAGUUACACCAGCUUGAAAAAAUAUCAGAAAAGGCGGUAAACUGUGACCUAUCAACACAUUUUACGCCCCAUCCCAAAGAAAUAUCAACCUCAAAUCCCGCAAUCCACGCCGAAGAAACAGAAAUAGCGGGAAAGUGCAAUUUGAACUCAAAAAGCGCGGGAAACGACGAAAAUCUACCUCAGUCAAACCACGACAAAAAUGGAAUCGCUAAAGUGAUUUCAUCGGAUAUUGAAUAUGGCGCAGAAAGACGAAAAAAAUUGGCCGAAAUGCGAAAACGUUUACAUGAACGAAGUGUUUCAUGUGAAGGGGAAAACGGGAACCUUGACUAUUACACGUCUCAGGAUGAAAUUUCUCAUGAAAGGCGCAACCACAGACUUCGAUGUAAAGCCCACUCGUUUUCAGCAUCAACGAAUACAAAACAUUUAUGCAACCAAUCAAAAGCAUCCUACAACCUUAAAGCCACGCCUCUUCAAAAACUAGCCAAUGGGGAGCUACCAUCUUCACUAAACUCCUCUCGUUCGACAAUAUACACUUCAGAACAUGGCGUGUGGACAACGUCAGAAUCUGGCAACGCUCACAGAAGAAUGAAACGUAAACGACAACUACUGAAGAAAGAAUUCAAAGCCGCAAGAAGUCUGGCAACAGUGGUUGGGUUAUUCGCCAUAUGCUGGCUUCCCUUACACAUCUUAAACUCUAUAACUCUAUUUUGCCCAGGCUGUUUUCAGCCUAACUGGCUAAAAGACCUUGCCAUAUUAUUAUCCCACGCUAACUCGCUAGUAAAUCCGUUGCUUUACGCUUACAAGCUGCGUGAUUUCAGAAACGCAUUCCGUAGGAUUCUAUCUCCAGUUUUCACUUCGAAAUUUUCUUCUGAGCGAGCUAUCCCGACCACGACGGUACAAACUCCAGGCGGUCUUUGCAAAAUGUGCUGCAUCAUUGCAUCUAAUAGUGACGUCAUAGACGAUUUUCCGUCAGACGAUAGAACAUUGACUUUCGAUUCGCCUUGGAAGAGCGGGAAUUCACACAAAGUUCACGUUGUGCGUCUAAAGACCUCGGAUAAUCGAAACACUAAUAAUAACAAUAGUAACGAUAAAUCAACGGGGAAUUCACCUAAAAAUUCCCCUGUGUUUUCAUUUUUUCGUAAAAGUACCAAGCGCGGCUUUUGUAAAAACGAAACCACCCGGAAUAGCACUGAUGUAACGUUACUGCCUCCGGAAUCGUUUGAAGAUUCCCAAUCUUCAAGCCGAUCACAAAAUGACAGUUUAUGUGACUCAAUAUCAUCGUCUAGCGAUCACAUUUUUAUUAAAAACAUGUCGCUUGAUGAUGAUAUUGAAACUUGUUUACUCAAUUCUCCAGAGACCACCGUUUGACGACGUAUUGCUCUAUUAUUAUAUUUGCUUCGCACUUUUAGGGUAAAAUGUCUUUGGCAAGUUUUCAGUCUCACUGGGUUUUGACAUUUCAGUUGGUGCAAUGACCUUGAUCGGGGAUGAGUCUCUAUUUCUUCUAAGAAACAUUGCUCUAAGAAAAUUCGAAAAAAAAAUAUUUGACUGUAUCCUUGUACCCAAAAUCCAGACCGUUCCUGAUGUUUUGUCGUGUUGAACGUGGGCCGGGUUUUCAAGUUUUUGCUAGUAUGAAGGUGGGAACCGCGGCCAUAUUAUGAAAUUUACCGAAUUAGGAGUUAGAAUUUGAACUUCUCAGAUUCGAGAGUUUUGUGGAAUCGGUGACGAUACAAAUAUCUCAAAGCAAAUUAUUCUUCUAUUCUUUUUAUUCUUCUAAUUGCAAUGUCUUGUCCUACCUCGAAUAUAAAAACC